CAGAAUUAUCUCCAGCAUAAAAUUGGAAGAAUUUGUGCUAUCGUAUCAUCUCUAGACGGAGUUAUCUAGUCAAGACUAUAGGAUCAUAUCUCACCUCAGAUAUCACCAAAAUUAACAGAAUGAAAACAAGAUGCAGUAAACUGACCGACUUUAACACGUAACAGACUGUGAGUUUGAAAAGUGAGUUAACUCACCAGUUCAACGCUGAUACAAUCAACCAGAUCAGAAAAAUUUUGAGGCAACAUUUCCACGAUGAAGAUGUCGACCUCGAGUUCAGAGAGAGAGUGUGACAUAGUGAAGAAAGGACACAUGUCUAUAAAGAGACCACCAUUCCAGGUUAAACUUGGAAUUAAGUAUGUGAAGACCUGGCAGAAAUGUUUCUGGGUGCUGAGAGAUGAGACAAUUGACACACUCAGAAGACUGGAAGUCUACAACACAGAAACAGACUACACAAAUAAUAAAACUCCAGUUUACACACUUGAUCUUAGCAGUGUAAUACGCCUAACUGAAGACUCGAGAUCAAAGUCACACCCUAAUGCUCUUAUCCUAGUCCGAUGUUGUCAUGGUCCCAUGUACAUCGCUUGUGAGACCCAAAAUGAGUUGCAGAGCUGGAAGACAGCUUUGGAGUUGGUAGCAUUUAAGACAUCAACCGAUUCACUCCCUGGCUGUGUAAAAUGUAACCCCCAAAAGAGUGAAAAGAUCAGAAGCAGCCCAACAUCUCCAACAAGCAAGGCAGGACUCAGUAAAUUCUUCCAGAAGGAAUCGCCAUAUGCUCAUUUAGAAAAUGGGUUUGCAGUUGAGUCACGCCCGACAGCAGCAGCAUAUCUCCAGGAUCUUGUUGGUAACUUCACCCUCCAUGUGCAGGACUCUAUCCUUUCCUUCAAGCAUCCAACCUCCAGGGAGAUUGUCAAGAAAUGGCCCCUUACUUGUGUUAGAUCAAUCACUAACAUGGACGAGGGAAAUAGAAGUGUAAUAACAAUUCAAUUAGAGCUUGGUGGGAGAAAAUGCCCCACAAAGUGCACAUGUCGAGAUGGACUUCUCCAGUUCAACACGCAACAUGGUGUCGAGAUUUGUAAACUGAUCAAAACAACUCUGCCAUCUAUACAUUGUAUGAUGAACCAAAGUCCUAAUGUUGAACUUAAUCGUAGGAUACGUUCAAAGAGUGUCGAUAAAAUGAACUAUAUCUCAACGAAGAAGAACUCAAAUGCAUCAUUGCUGAGUACUGACAGCAUAACUAAACCGGAAAUGACGAGAUGUCAAAGCUACAAUAAUCUUGUACGUAACGUUGUCCAAAGUAUUGUACAUAAAUCUAAAAGUAAUGAAAAGAUUCUACAAGCUAAUAAAGGGAAUUCUGGGUACCUGGAGCCCCUACAAAUGACUGGCGGUACUUCCAGUGAAAAACUGAACCAAAACCCAAAUGGGACUCCAGUUGCUACUCUAGACACGCCUGAUACAAGUGGGAUACGACGUAAAAGUGGCGGGUUCCAUUUUGGACAUUUUCCAAAAAGUACACAUAAACGCAAGAGUCCACCUACCCCUCUUCCCCACCCAGACUAUAUAAACUCACUACUUCGGCACUCCCAUACUUCAGAUUCUGACACCCCAAGUUCUGAAUCAGAUAUUGAUGGGGACGUCCCACCUCCUCUGCCACCAAGGACAAUAUCAAUGGAACAUAAAUAUGAAUAUCUUGAGGAUGAAGAGGAACAUAAAUAUACAUACAUUGAAGACUAGUCCCAAACAUUAGAGUGUCAUGUAAAGACACCAGAAGUAUAUACAUGAACAUGUAAGGGGUAGACCAUCAAAUAUCUUUACCCAUGCUCAGACCUAUUAUCAGGGGUUUCAUUAGCAGCAGGCAACAGGCGAUUUUCAAUGGUUGUUUU